UUUCAUACAACUUCCCUUGAUACCUACGCCUAUAUAUAACUUGGUGGAUCUAGCAGUUGAUACUUAUCUGGUUUUAGAUUCUGUAUUCUUGUUCUAGUUCAUCAUCAAUGGGUUUCAAGAGAUCUUUGUAUGGAGAAGAAGAAGACUACUUUACAGUUGUUAAUCAAGAAGCCAAGCGAAGGAUUACAUCUACACAAGAUUUGGUCUCAACGUUAGAACCAUUGAUUCGAAGAUGGGUGCGGGAGGAGGUCCAACAAUCUUGUCAAAGCUUCUUUUGUACAUUACCUAGGAUAGAUCUGCCUAUCAAUGCGCUACAACCAUGUUAUACAACGCCCUUGCAGUUGCGGUUUCAGGCGAAGCUGCCGAAUAUGUUCUUCACCGGCAGUAGGAUCGAAUCCGAGGACAAGAAAGCUGUGAAACUAGUGUUGUUUGAUGUGAGUUCUAACAAAGUUGUCUCAAGUGGACCCUUUUCAUCACUGAAAGUAGAGAUUGUUGCACUUGAUGGCGAUUUUUCGGCCGAUGAUGAAGAAGAUUGGCCUGAGAAAGAUUUCGAUGCCAAACUCAUAUCUGCAAGAGAUGGCAGAAGGCCACUGAUAACUGGUGAAUUGCUGGUCACUUUACAAAAUGGUGUUGCUGAUCUAGGUGAAUUAUGUUUUACCGAUAACUCCAGCUGGAGGAGGAGCAGAAAGUUUAUGAUCGGUGCACGGGUCAAGAAGGAUACGUGUACUGGAUCAAGAAUUAGAGAAGCCAAAAGCCAGGCAUUCAUAGUAAAAGACCAUCGCGGAGAAUCAUACAGGAAGCACCAUCCUCCAUCCUUGAAUGAUGACGUCUGGCGGUUGGAAAAGAUAGCGAAAGACGGGGUUUUUCAUAAACGCUUAGCAUCAAACCGUAUAUGCACUGUAAAAGACUUUCUGCAAAUGUAUGUUACCAACCAGACCUCGCUUCGCAAGUUACUGGGUGGAUCAUCUAGCAAGACAUGGGACACAAUAAUCAAGCAUGCCAAAGAUUGUGUUCUAGAUGAUAAGUUGUACAUUUGCAGAAGUGGUGCAGAUGGGACCGGGAUUUUUCUUAAUUCCAUUAUGACGGUUGUAGGUGCGACUUUUGACGGCCAAAACUUUCUUCCGCUCGAUAAACUCUCUGUGCUUCAGACGCCUGUGGUGGAAGCUAUGAAGCAGCAGGUUUACAAAGAAUUGGAUGGGAUGGUACCGAUGGAUGCAUCAUCCGUUUUCGAAGUCUCGAUGCCGAUACGCCAUGAACAGCUUAAAAGUGAAGUUGGAAUGCAUGACAUGUAUGACGCGGAUCUAGCUGCUGCUGCUGCUGUUGUUAAUAUUGAUGAUUGGCAUACUGGGACAUCCCUAUGGCAAGGAAAUGAACUCUUCAUAGAUCCAAGUAACCAAACUAUAGAUAUCUUUUCUUCUGAUUUUGGAAUAUGUUUCUCAAGUAAUGGGUCACCCCGCGCAAGGUGGUGUAAGAUCCGAGCUGCCCUCAAGUGGGGUUCAGUUAGGCGAGAUGUGGCUUCUAAAAAGAUGGCCGAUUCGUAUCUUGAUUUCCUAGUUUAGAUGCGUUAGUUAGUGACGUUUAGGUGGCCGGAUCUGCGAUCGCCACAUUUAACUCUUUUAUCUUAAUUUUCUGCAUGAUGCACAAAGUAUUAUGGCUGUAAAUAUGUCUGGCAACAAAUAUAAUAUGGUUGUGGCUAUUAAUUUUCUGUGGAAAACC